GCAUGCAGCGCUUCAGUGGAAUCUACACUAAAGCUUUCACUACCUAUUGCGAGAGGAUUCACUACAGUAAUCUUCCGUGGAGCGAGGCGCAUCCGUAAUACGUUAUGUUGCACCGAGCCAAAACACAGCUCUGGAUGCUUGAGAGCCUGGCUGCCUUCAAGCUCCUCGUCAUAUCUGUGCGCCCGACUUUGAAAGAGAUCUGCCAGUGCACCGCCACAUGGCUGCAUCCAAUCACAGCCCUGCGCGGCUUUCCAGCCCCAGCGAUCCUGAUGUUCGCGCUAAAUCUUAGUGCCCUUGGCAGUGGCCCAAUGCAGUGCAGGGCUUGCCCAGACGGCAUCUUUCCGCCCAGAUUGAACCCGACUGCCGUGGUCAACGAAACACGAUCCCGUCUCCCGUCCGACGCAAACGACGCCUGUUAUUUCCACCGCUAUGCCUCCCGUCGCGCGCCGCAUGCUGCGGAGACGGAUACCGAUGCUUCCGUCGGGAUCAUGUGGAGAGGCCCCUGA